CAAGAUGCCGAAAAGAUGGAACUUACAGUCCUAUACAAACACCGCUGGCCAAUAUGUUUUGUUGCGCAGAUUUUUGCAACGGCAGUCUUAGCCAAUGUGUUAUUGGCCCAAAAAGACCAGAGUGCGCCAAAAAGGAGUUUUCUAAUUGUCAAUUUAAACGAGCAGUCGGCUUGGCAAGAAACAAAUACUGUCAAUGGAUUGGUGGAUAUAUCCCUCAAUGUGAGAAAGACGGAAGUUAUUCUUCUGUGCAGUCCAGUCCCACUGGCUACAGUUGUUGCGCUGAACCUGAAUGUGGCGAACAAUCAGACUGCGUUAGAGCACCAGAAGUUCCACAUUGCAGCAAAUAAGAAGAGAAACAUACCAAGAAAACAAGAAAAACCAGAUUAA